AUGGACAGAAACUCUCCGUCUAAGCCGCGAAGAGCCGCUAAGGCCUGUGUGUUUUGCCGACGUAGGAAGUUCCGCUGUGAUAACGAGAGACCGACAUGUUCUAGCUGCAAGACGUAUGCACAGAACUGCGCCUACGUACCCCGGCCUGAGAAGCCAAGGCCGACAAAAGCUCACUUAUCACGACUGGAGGCAGAAAAUGAACAGCUCCGACGGCAACUCGGACGCGUUGAUACUAACUCGGAGGAUGGGGGUGACACCACGGCAGGCAGUCCAUCGCAGUCGCAACAACAGACACAACAAACUUCGGAGACAUCGAACACAGUGCCAAAUACAGAUUGGUCUCAUUCGGCUGUCUCGCGGAUCUUCAUCUCACCAAAUGGCGACUCAAGCUACCAUGGGCUUACGAGUACUUUAUUUGAUGAUGCACCGACUGAUCGACAUGGCCAUUCCCGGUCGACAGAUCCACAAGUACCGGUAGAACAUAUUCGCAAACAGUUGAUGGGGGAAGCUGCAUAUCAACGGCAAUUAGAAGCAUUGAACAUGCGGCAAGGGAAACUUGACUUUGAUGGAGUAGAUCCUGAGCUGGGAAUGCAUCUCCUAAAUCUACAUUGGAACCGGCAACACCAUUCAUUCUUAAUCACAUAUCGUCCAGCUUUUAUGCGGGACAUGGCCACCGGUGGGCCAUGCUUCUCGAAGCUCUUGUUGAACGCAAUCUACUUUGGCGCGUCAAAAUUCAGCAACCGUCCCGAAGUUCGCCGAGAUCCCGAUGAUGUGAGAACAGCCGGAUGGAAAUUUCGUCUGCGAGUGAAAGAGUUGCUUGGCGGUGCUUUGGAUCGAAGUGAAAUCACCACGAUCCAGGCCCUGCUGGUGAUGACCAGCUCCCUGUUUGCAUUGGGGGACGAGCGCAGUGCUGCGUGGCUCUAUGCCGGUGCAGCGUUCAGAAUGAUCAUCGAUCUGGGCAUGCACGUUGAUGCUACAAUGCUGAGCAACAUGCGCCGCCUUUCUGAUGAAGACAUAGAGAUACGCCGUCGAGUAUUUUGGGGGGCCUUUAUUGUUGAUAAGAUUCAAUCUCUAUACCAGGGUCGCCCUGCAAGCCUACAGGACUUCGAUACGAAAGUGUCGAUAACAUUCUUGGACCAAUACGAGGAGCUCGAACACUGGCAGCCUUUUGCUUAUUCAGAUGUGCAGUCAUACCCGGGCUCCCCAGCAUACAGUGUUUCAACUUUUACCGAGCUUUGCAAACUAUCACUGAUCCUGAACGGUAUCUUGAACAAAGUAUACUCGGAGAGAAGUUCAAAUCGAUCAUCCCAGGAACUGAUUACUACAUUGAAUGCCUUGGAUGAGCAACUCAAGGGAUGGCAUGAUGCGCUGCCGGAGCAUUUACGGUUCGGUAAUCCCACAACACAAGUUACACCGCCACCUCAUGUCCUCUCUCUUUUGGCACUUUACAAUGUGCUUCUUAUCCUUCUACACCGACCAUUUGUGGCCGAAGGGCAUCUCCAUACAACCGACCUCUCAGUUGCCGUCAGUUCCUUCACUACCUGCACGACAGCAGCGAAUCGAAUAAUCCACAUCCUCCAAGCUUACGACCACGCAUUCUCUAUCAGACGUGCCCCAUAUCUGAUUUCAUACGCGACAUAUGUCGCUGCAACAAUCUACGUUAGAGUUGCAGCCCAAAGGAAAGAUGGAAGUAGAGCGCACUCGAAUCUUCGGACAUGCCUUGAUAUAUUCCAGAAGAACCAAGGGACGAACUGGGCUGUCCGCCGGGCAAAGAAUGUGAUUGUGCAUUUAAUGGAUCGCAUGGGAGUUGAUCUGAGUACCCCUCACCAGGAACGCGAGGCCCGGCCAUGCCAUGAUGACAAUGGGCAAACGGGGGAUUUGGGAAAUGGGGCUGUUGUCGACGACGGGGAUCUUAUACCAGCUGCAUCACCGAGUCAAAUGACGCCUCCAGAGACAGAGGCAUCGGAGUUGGAUAUGGACAUGAUUAUACAGAGCUUUAUUCGGCAACAGGCAAGACCAGGUGAAGGACACAUGUUUGACGAGUCUAGCUAUAAUGCUCUGCCUGGUCCUACAGUCCAGCUUGGAACGCCAGGUGUUUUCACUCCCUCCAUCGUCCCAGGGUACAACGACGCAUAUUUUGAUGCCCAGUUCGAUGAUGAUAUGUUGUUUGGGUUUAAUGGAUCUGUGCAAGAUAGCAUACUGUAUAAAUAG